AGCCCUGGGCGGGGCUUGGAAAGGGGCGGCUCCUCAGAGGGACCUUAGUCCAGUCCCCUCGCCUCCCUGGGCCUCAGUUUCCCCCUUCCCGGGGUGGUGAGCGGUCAGAGAUUCGCGCCUGCCGGAGCGCACUGCUUCCUCCCCCGCGCAUCCCGCGUCCCCGGCGAACUCGAGCCCGUCGAGGAGCCUGUCCCUCGGGGAACCCGCCCAGACCCCCUGGACCAAGCAGUGACCCGCACCCUCUUCUGUACCCACAUCGGAGCCCGUCCAGGCCUUUUCAGAUGUUCUGUAUCAACGAGCCCCGUUGGUCUCGAAGCCCGGAGUGACCACAAACCUCAUCAGUCAUUUCUGGGCCUUGGAGGCCCAGCACCAGGAGCAGCCCGGAGCAGAUCCUGCUGUCUCUCAGGUGACUGGAUAUGUGCCAGGGCCCCCCCCCGAGUCCAGAUGACACUCAUGCCAAUGGCUUCAGUGAUGGCGGUGACUGAACCAAAAUGGGUCUCAGUCUGGGGCCGCUUCCUGUGGGUGAUGCUGCUGAGCAUGGUGUUGGGGUCCCUGCUGGCCCUGCUGCUGCCGCUGGGGGCCGUGGAGGAGCAGUGUUUGGCCGUGCUCAGAGGCUUCUACCUGCUCAGGAGCAAGUGGGACAGAGCGCAGCAUGCCGUCACCAAGCGCACCAGCCCGUCCACGGAGCUCAGCGUCACCUCCAGGGACUCGGCGCUGCUCGUGGUCAAGACCAAGGCCUCUCCAGCUGGUAAGUUGGAAGCCAGAGCAGCUUUGAACCAAGCCCUGGAAAUGAAACGCCAGGGCAAGCGGGAGAAAGCACACAGGCUCUUCCUGCACGCCCUCAAGAUGGACCCAGACUUCGUAGACGCGCUCAACGAGUUUGGCAUCUUCUCGGAAGAAGACAAGGACAUCAUCCAGGCGGAUUACUUAUACACCCGAGCGCUGACCAUCUCACCCUACCACGAGAAAGCGCUGGUCAACCGGGACCGGACGCUGCCGCUGGUGGAGGAGAUCGACCAGAGGUACUUCAGCAUCAUCGACAGCAAAGUGAAGAAGGUCAUGUCCAUCCCCAAGGGCAACUCCGCGCUGCGCAGGGUCAUGGAGGAAACGUACUACCACCACAUCUACCACACAGUCGCCAUUGAGGGCAACACCCUCACCCUGUCGGAGAUCAGGCACAUCCUCGAGACCCGCUACGCCGUGCCGGGGAAGAGCCUGGAGGAGCAGAACGAGGUGAUCGGCCUGCACGCGGCAAUGAAGUACAUCAAUGCGACGCUGGUCUCCCGCAUCGGCUCCGUCACCAUCAGCGACGUGCUGGAGAUCCACAGGCGCGUGCUGGGGUACGUGGACCCGGUGGAAGCCGGCAGGUUCCGGACGACACAGGUCCUUGUGGGGCACCACGUGCCUCCCCAUCCCCAGGAUGUGGAGAAGCAGGUGCAGGAGUUCGUCCAGUGGCUCAACUCCGAGGAUGCCAUGAGCCUGCACCCGGUUGAGUUUGCAGCCCUGGCGCAUUAUAAACUCGUUUACAUCCACCCUUUCAUCGACGGCAACGGGAGGACCUCACGCCUGCUCAUGAACCUCAUCCUGAUGCAGGCGGGCUACCCGCCCAUCACUAUCCGCAAGGAGCAGAGAUCCGAGUACUACCACGUACUGGAAGUCGCCAACGAAGGCGACGUGAGGCCGUUCAUUCGCUUCAUCGCCAAGUGUACGGAGACCACCCUGGACACCCUGCUCUUUGCCACAACGGAGUACCCGGUGGCACUGCCGGAGGCCAGACCCAACCACUCUGGGUUCAAGGAGACGCUGCCCGUGAAGCCCUAACCCUCUAAAUCCUCCCUUGGUGACAAGGGAUGUCCCGAGGGGAAAAUAUCCAAGAAACAUGGCAUUUCUAGAAACCUAGUCGUCUCCCAAAGCAAAAGGAGACGGAUAAGGAACUCAAACAUUCUUUACCUCCAAACGUUUUUUAGUUAAAACGGAAAAAAACUAAAUUAUUAAGCCUUGUCUCUAGGAUAACUUAUAAUUCAGCCAAGUUAUUUAUUUUCUUUUGAGCUUCUACGUGUGUGGUGUCAGCUGUGUGUGCUGGUGGCCCCUAUUCUUGUGGGGGUCCCAGCAGGCUUGGGGGCAUCAUUGCUCCUUGUGUGACCAGAACAGCUUCUGGAGCAGAAUUUGCACUAAGGUGGGGGGAGGCCAGCAGCUGUGGGACGAGGUCCAGAGCCAUUGCAGUAACUCCUCCCAGUCUUUCUGUGAAACUGGCUGAGAGGCCCUGUGGCGUCGCCUGGGAGCUCAGCAGUCCUGGGGAGGACCGAGUUCCAGCUUUGAGAAAUGACUGAAAGCUUGCCUUUAGACGUCUGCGCUCCCUACAAAGAGAUGAGUGUUGUGACUAAUUCUUACUGCUAGAGCAAACUUUCAAGGUACGAAAUGAAUGUUGACCACAUUUCUAAUUAGAUACCUUGUUUAUUUCAAGGGAGAUUCUUUGAGCCAUAGUUAAGUUUGCAAACUCAAGUCCCAGAGGCUGUUAUUUUUCCAUAUCAAGACUAUUUUUCUAAUUAAGAACAGGGGAGAGGCCGGCCUGGUCUUCUGUGUGUGUCAACGCUUCUUGCAUUUCAUCUGCAGCAACUCAGACCACAUGUUUUAGUCUUAAAAGUUCUCUGGGUUUGUCACCCAACUAAAUCACACUGCAAAUCAGGUAUUGUGCAAGUGGGCGAGUCUGCCCUCACCCCUACUCUGAGUUUAACAUCUUCUGUACGUAGAUGUUGAAGAACACAUCUGAGAAAACAGAUGCCACAUCAACACCAAAUAAGCAUUUCUGAUUAUGAAUUAGAGUGCCAGUUUCUACUGAACCAAGGAAAAACCUCUGACCACAGCCAGGAUGUGUCCCUUUUGUCAUGCAGCCUUAUCCCGACUGACCUGACACCCACCUCCCACAGCCAUUGUACGGUCGUGCAUCCCUUCAGGGGAGCCGAAUAGAUUGCCUUGGAGUGGCCUUAUUUUUCUAGCAAGUUGUAAAAUGAUAUAAUGUUAUGGGUAAUACAGCCAAGUUUCCAAGCUGUCAUUCUAUGGAAGUAGAAAGAAUCUUCUCUCUCAAUCAUAUGGCACAGGUGCCUAUACGAUUGCUGCUAUUUAGAGUCAGAAUGGUUGGAAAUCACUGCGUUCUUGUCCAGUGACAGAGCCCAUGACAUCUGACACGGCCCUGCACUUUGUCAGUGUCUGAAUGAUGGUGAAUACAUACAAAGUGUUCUCUCUGAUUUGAGAAUCAGAUCCUGAAAGUAAUGAGGUCACUAUUCUGGUGUAGCAAGUGUCUAUAACUUUAAUUGUAUAAUAAGCACAUUCAGAGUAGUUUUCUGAAGGAUUAAAAAAAAUAAGUGAAAAGAUGUAUGAAAUGGCCCUGAGUGAUAGUUAUUCAAACCUUUAUAAGAAAUAUUUUCAUACUUGUAUGCUGCCAUAAGGUGUUUCUUAAACCUUAACUCUUUUAUCAUCUUGGAUUUAUAAGCACACCAAGGAAGCCUGACAGAAAUGCUUGCUCUGUACUAUAGAGAGAAACUGCACUUUAGCUAUAUGUGAAGGAUAUUAUUUUAACCAAUUAAUAAAGUAUUUUAUUACAUAAGUACCUGAGACUGCUGUCUUAUUCAAGAGAUGCUCCCACUUGUCUUAGGAUGAAGGAGGGAUGCUUUCACAA